AUGGCUUCAGCAACACCGGUCAGCGAUGCCGAUAUUCAGGCAUUCUGCGACCUUGCCAAUGAAAUGACCCGGAGCGUUUCCUCUGCACGCCAACUCGUUCAAUCCCUUCUCGCCAAACAGGACUCAGAAUUGGAUACUCGCGCCGGUAUCUCGCUCUUGUCACUCAAGAACCAUGUGAUGCUCUCGUAUAUUCACUCGCUUGCAUUACUCUCGUCGCAUCGUGUGCUAGGGCACUCGCUCCUCGACCGCGCCCCUCCCUCACAGCCUUUUGGUGCGCUGGAUCGCCCGGUCCGAGGAUCGAAAGCGGGAGAUCUGGUCGACACCAUAGUCGAAGAUCGCGUUAUACUCGAGAAGACCAAGACUCUGGAGACACGCAUGAAGUAUCAAAUCGACAAGCUUGUACGCUUGGCGCAAGAUAGCCCACAGGAUGGAGGUGAUAUUAUCGACGACCCACUUGCAUUCAAGCCAAACCUGUCGAGCCUCGCCGCACCCGUUGUACAACGUGGGCGGAUUACAACCGAAUCUGCUAACGCUGAAGGUGGAGCAGCGUCGGAUGUCGAGGCUGGCUCAGACGAGGAUCAAGGUGGAGAUGCCAUAUACCGUCCACCCAAGCUCGCACCAGUUCCGUACACUGAAGAUCGCCUCAAGAAAUCAAAAGAGCGAGCAUACAAGGCUCAAUCUCUCUCGUCGCUUGUCACCCUCGACCCUUCACGUCCCUAUUCCGAGUCGGCGUCAGGUCUUGGAUCCGGCUCGGCUUCAUUGUCUUCUGCUCGGGCUCGUGAAUUGAAACGCAUGACCGAGUUCGAAGAGGAGAAUAUGACUCGACUGGUCAUGAACAAAAAGGAGGCGCAAAAACGUAGGAGAGACGAGGAAGAUAUGGCACUUGGCGGGGCUGGGGCACGGAGAGGCGGAGGUGCGGCCCUGCGCGACGAAUUCAGGGAUGUCUUGGGCGCGAUCGAUAGGAAGCGCGGUGCAUCUGGCGGUGAUGGCUAUGAGGAACUGAGGCAGAAAGGAAAGAAGGCGAAUGCGUUUGAAAGAAGUAGGGUGAGGAAGGCAGAUCAGGUGGAUGGGGGUCGUGAGGGCCCGCGUGUGAGGAAGAAGAGUAGAUUUGAGGCUGCCAUCAAGGCCAAUAAACAAGCGGCCAAACGACGCAAAUGA